AUGUUCCAUAAAAGCAGGAAGGUUCGGGAGACGAAAGAGGUAGAUGCAGGCGCAAUGGCCGCAGCGUCUGCGAUUGCCAAAGCGAUGAAUUCUUCUGGUACUUCGAUCGAUGGGUCUAUGCUGCCUCGUUAUAAUAGUAUAAGUAGGGGGAAGGCUCUUCCACGGACUGUAGGAAGUGGGGCUCAGUCUGGCUUGGUGGGAAGUCCUUCAACGAGGCUGAAGAGUAUGUCUAAUGUAAGUAGGCGUGGGGGUGGCAGCAAGGCGAAAUUGUUGAGAAGGUACUCUGAGUGUCUAGAUACAGAUGUGCAAUUUAAGGAGUUUGGAGGUGUGGAAGUUGCAGGUGUGUUGAAAGAAGUUCCGCAGGGUAUUCACAUAGGAGGGUCGGAGCAGGGGGGUCGGAUGGUUGCCAAAUAUAUCCCAAGUCCUCGCGGGCUGGUGAAAGUCAUGGUCCCUGCAGUGUCAAAAUCUUCAAUAACUGCGAGUAGUGGGUCUUUGCAGAAGCCUUCAUCGCUACGCAAUGGGUCGACAUCUAAUCGGCAGUUGCUACAAAAGAAAUUGGGUACGAUAAGGCAAGGCUCACCACUAAAGCAGUCCACUUUAACGAGGAGCUCUAUUAGCAGUAAUGAACCGGCCUCUGACACGAACGUUGAUUGUAAGCCAUCGGAAUAUCACGAUGCCAUGACUGGAUCGCCACCCAGUUGCCGUAAGGGUUGCCAGUCUGCCGCCGGAUCUCAUACAAGUCCAAAGAAAACAGGAGACAAAGGUUUUGAAAAUCGUAUUGCUGUUGAGAAUAUUGUUCCCUACCAGUUGGAUGACACUUCCUCUGGGACUAAUUUUAAGCCGUCCGAAAGUAAUGGCAAGGAUGCAGGGAAAGCUUCUCCUAGUCUUUUGGACAGAGCUGCUACGUUAGAAGAGAAAAUUGUUAAAGCUGAAGCUGAAGUUCAGAGAUCUUUUGUGCAACCACAUUCAGAUGAAGAAUUAAAAAUGGGCAGAAAUUUCGAUCAGGUGCUGGACGAGAAUUUAUAUGUAACACCUGACACGCCUCUGUCUCACACCCGAUCUGAAACCUCGCCAAUAGGUACACACACAACAAGGUCUGCUAGAGAAGGCAAUGAAGAACCAUCAGUAAAUACAACUAAAGGUCAUUCGGAAGGUGCAUCUUCCAUUGAGCCAGGGGUAACUAUGGCUCAGUGUUUACGCUCGACUAUACCAUACUUAAAAAGCGCAGCCAAUUUUGAUCAGGUAGAUCAUAAAAGAAGUUCAAGCACUAAUUCUAAUUCAGUUUUCGAAAGUUCCCAGGUAGAGCACUCAGCAAGUCCACACCCAAUGAAAUCCGCUUUGAAAAAGUCUUCGCGUUCAGGUAGCGUCAACCUUUACGAUAAAGGUACAACUUAUAAUAAUCCGGCAGCUAAUGGUGCGUACUUGUCAUUAACGACAGCGGAGAACACCAGGUUAAAUGCUAGAGUAUCUAAUGAGAAUUUGUCUAGAAAGUCCUCAUCGAUGAGGGAAGCUGUUCAUAAAUCUUCUAUUUACUCUGGAAGAUCGCAGACAUCCGAGCCUGGUAAAAAGCUCCCUGUAAGGAAAGGUAAUCGCCAAAAUAAUACUAAUUUGAGUCCAAUUAAGCAGGAGCCUCCAGCUAGAUCUAAAAGCAGGCCCGUUUCAAAAAAAAUUAGUGCAACUAAAAAACCAACUCAGCCAAAAUCGGAAACGCCGAAGGUUGAGUCAAGUGGCCUAUAUCCAAUACAGCCACCUAAAAAAUCAAGCUUUGAACGGGAGAGACCUCAAAAUAAGAACCUUGGCUUCAAGAAUUUAUCGCUAAGAAAUGGUACAAUCGAAGAUCCUUGGAUGCAGCCGGAUCCCGCAAGUUCUGAUGGUCGUGAAAAUUCUGGUUCUUCACAGAAGUUGAAAACUCUUCCUCCAUCUGUCGCAGAGUCCUCUGCAAAACAGGUCCUCCUCCCUGUUACCGGUGAAGGUUGGAAAUCCCGAUUUACUGACUCUGACUCUGAUGAAGAUGAAAGUCCUCCAUUUAGUAGCAAUAGUGUAUCAACGCAACCCAGCAGCCAGAGAGACUCACCUACCGGUCAUGCAGGUUUCUCUUUAUUCAAAAAUCACAAUAAAUCGUCCAAACAAAAAGGUUCCAUGAAGUCUAAAAUUGCUACUGGAAACUCCAAGAAUAACGCCAAGGCUAGUGGAGGACAACAGAGUGGCUCGGUGGCAUCUGAAGCGAAGAUUAAUCAUUUGGCUCUAAGACGAAGCAAUGAAUAUCAUUCGCAGCCACGAGGACCUUCUUUUGACAUAUCUGAUGCUCCACCAUUACCAACGCACAUGGAUGUUAAAAAGGCGUCGCCCACUCGUAAAUUUAGAGUUUCUUCCGUCACCUCACGGAAAUCGGCCACAUCAGAAUCGAAGAAGCCGGGCUUGGGUGGUAAGAUAAAGCAGUUAUUUGAUAAAAAGGGAAAGGGAAAUGGGAAGGCUUAA